AUGGUUGCACUCUUUCGACGUACUUCUUUGGCCCUUUUGGCCGCGUCCGUAGCAUCCGCAUCCCCUCUUCUAGAGACAUCUACUCUUGUCGCUCGAGGAACGAUCGAUAGUGAUAAGGUUGUUGGAUUUCCACAAACCGUGCCUAGCGGUAUUACUGGCGAGGUCUAUUUGGCUUACAAGCCCUAUCUCAAAGUGGUGAAUGGAUGUGUCCCGUUUCCGGCCGUUGAUGCAGAAGGAAAUACCAAUGCCGGUCUCAAGCCUACAGGCGCAAGUGACGGCCAAUGCUCUAGCAGCACCGGCCAAGUAUACAGUCGCGCCGCCAGUUACAACGGCAACUACGCCGUGAUGUACUCGUGGUACAUGCCCAAGGACGAGCCAUCAGAUGGUCUCGGCCACCGGCACGACUGGGAAGGAGUCAUCGUCUGGCUCGCCUCGGGCACUUCAACCAGCGCCAGCAACAUUCUGGCUGUCUGUCCCUCUGCACACGGUAAAUGGGACUGCUCUACGGAUGGAUAUACUCUAUCCGGAACACAACCCCUGAUCAAGUACGAGAGUAUAUGGCCUCUUGAUCAUUCCUGUGGACUUACGACGACUGUGGGUGGAUUACAGCCGUUGAUUUCUUGGGAGGAGUUGCCGGCUGUUGCGCAACAGGCUCUUGAUACGACUGACUUUGGUGCCGGGAAUGUGCCGUUUAAUGAUAAUAACUUUUUGUCGAAUCUUGGUCAGGCUACUUUUUGA